UGAACUGGAGAGGACCUAAAACACAGUCAACGUGGAGUAUUACAGGUCUGCCUUGCCUAAAGAAACUUUAUUAUCAUAUUUUUGGGGAUUUUAGCAGCUUCUGUGAAAUGUUUCCUUGGGAUUUUAGUAUCAUAUCUGGGUAAAUGUUCAUUUGCAACUGAUCAUCAUUCCAUAGUUCACUGGAGGUCGCAAUCAACAGCAUGAAUUCUGUAUAUUUCUGUGGAGCAAGAAACGGCCAGGGGCCUUUUCAAUUACAACGCGUCAACUCGUUAUUUCACGAGGCUCACCAGCAGAUGGCGCAGCAGUAUCAGCUUCAUACAGCGGCCAGUCCCGCGUCCAUGCAGACUCUCACUGUGGCGGAGCGCCUGGCGGAACUCAUCCUUGAAGCACGCUACGGGAACCAGCAAAAGCAGCGCCGCAGUCGUACCGCCUUCAGUGUGUCCCAGUUACAGGCGCUGGAAAAGGCCUUUCAGCAAACCCAGUAUCCAGAUGUGGGCAUGAGAGAGAGACUAGCAGUCUGCAUCAACCUCCCGGAGGCCCGUAUCCAGGUGUGGUUCAAAAACAGACGUGCCAAAUAUAGAAAAGGUCAACGCUUUGCACCCAUUUCCAAAGAAGAAAGCCAAAUGCAUCGUCCUGCAACUAAACAACAGAAAGAAUUGGUGAAGAACCAGGAGAAAGGCUCUAAUUCAAAAUCUCAGUCCUCUAUUAGGGAAAACAACACCAUUCCUUCCUCAUCGGGAUCUAUUCACCUUCAAUCCCACCCAAGAGUACACUCCUCAGCUGUUCUUCCAUUUAUUAAUGGAGAACACUACCAACAACCAAUGCCUCAUGCACUUGGGCUGCUGUCUGCAGGUCUGCCUUUCUCUCCUACUUAUUUGCCUUUAAUACAACAGCAGCAUAGCACAGCCGUCAACCUCGUGCCAUUGGGAAAAUGCAACAAUCUCAUGCUUCAGUCUGCCUGUCGAUCUAAAUCCAUGGUUCACCGCCACUUGGACAUGUAAGCAUACCAGCAACCGAUAAACACCACUGAGCCAGUUGUCCUCAUUAGGAUGUGAAGAAGGAACAGGUGUUCCUGUGUCCUUCCCCCCACCACAACAUUGUAACUUUUACUCUCAAAAUAACAGAAGGGCUUGGAUUUAGAUCUUUUUCUGUAACUUUCAUUAAGUGGUUUGGAUUGCAUUUGUACAAACUGGCUUAUUUUGUGAACUUUCAUGCUCCGUUUCGCAUAGCUUAGAGCAUUCUGUUGUGUUGCACAUACAUAUUUGAGCACUUUGUAGAUUUAUAUGAACAUAUGAUCAUUCUGAAUGCAAAUAAACAUGAAAAACGUCUGAAUCCGUA